AUGGCGUGCCAACCUAAACGUUCCGAAACCGUCGUAAUCCACGAGUUGCUGGCCUUUGUUCAACAAAAAUUGGACGUCAUGGACCAGGUGUCUCUGGAGCAGAUACUGAUGACAAGCUUCACCGAGGACGAGAUCAUCCAAGCGAAGAAGGUGUUAGCAGAUUCAGCCGUGACCCAAAUCCGUCUUAUCACACGUCACAGGGAUGGACGCGGUGCUUUGAAAUCGAACGGAGAAAAUAAACGUAUCGGUAACGGUGUAUUUCAAAUGAAACUUCUAACACGUGUGGGAACUGUAGCAUACACGUACUUCGAAUACAAAACGUUAGAAGAAAAUGCAUGUGUUCCUGUAUACAAAAGCUUUGUAGUGACCGUCAUGAACGGACUGCAGCACUAA